UAAUUAAAUAUUUCCAUGAUUAAACUCAUAGCAAGAGUGAGCCGUUACAAAUCAGCGAACCGCUAUCCAGCUCAUUCGACACUCCCCAAAACCCUACUGCCGAUUGCCGCCUUCACGCCACCGCCGACCUCCAUCUUUCUAUCUUAUCAGGCGGGCAGCUCGAUGGAUCCGGUAGACCUGACGCCGGAAGCACUCGAGAAGAAGAAGAAGAAGGAUGAAAAGGCUAGAGAGAAGGAGUUGAAGAAACAAAAGGCUGCACAAAAAGCAGAAGCAGCCAAACUUCAGGCGCAAAAAGUUUCCAGUGCACCAGAGUCGGGGAAGAAAAAAAACACAAAAAGAGAAGUUGAGGUAGAAAACCCAGAGGAUUACAACGAUCCUGAAACACCAUUGGGCGAUAAGAAGAGACUUUCACGUCAAAUGGCGAAAACUUACAAGCCUAGUGCUGUCGAGAAUUCGUGGUAUGAAUGGUGGGAAAAGUCUAAUUUCUUUGUGGCAGAUCCAGACAGCUCCAAACCUCCAUUUGUAAUUGUUCUGCCACCACCUAAUGUGACCGGGGCUUUACAUAUUGGCCAUGCUCUUACUGCUGCUAUCCAGGAUACAAUUAUUCGUUGGAGGCGAAUGUCUGGAUAUAAUACACUGUGGGUACCUGGUAUGGACCAUGCUGGAAUUGCAACACAGGUUGUUGUGGAGAAGAAACUAAUGAGAGAAAUGAAAUUGACCAGGCAUGAUGUUGGGCGUGAAAAUUUUGUAGCCGAAGUUUGGAAAUGGAAAAAUGAGUACGGGGGUACUAUAUUGAGACAACUUCGGCGCCUGGGUGCAUCUCUGGAUUGGUCCCGCGAGUGCUUUACCAUGGAUGAGAAGAGAUCAUUGGCUGUGACAGAGGCUUUUGUAAGACUUCACAAGGAUGGUGUUAUAUAUAGGGAUCUACGUCUAGUGAACUGGGAUUGUGUCUUGAGAACAGCAAUAUCUGAUAUUGAGGUAGAUUACAUUGAUAUCAAAGAGAGAACGCCAUUGCGGGUUCCUGGAUAUGAGAAACUCGUUGAGUUUGGGGUGCUGACUUCAUUCGCUUAUCCUUUGGAAGAAGGCCUGGGCGAGAUUAUUGUGGCAACUACUCGAGUGGAAACAAUGUUGGGUGAUACAGCAAUUGCUGUACAUCCAGAUGACGCUAGAUACAGUCAUCUUCACGGGAAAUUUGCUAUUCAUCCUUUCAAUGGAAGGAAGCUUCCUAUAGUUUGUGAUGCCGUACUUGUGGAUAUGAAUUUUGGGACUGGGGCUGUUAAGAUAACUCCAGCCCAUGACCCAAAUGAUUUUGAAGUUGGAAAGCGUCACAAUCUGGAGUUCAUCAACAUUUUCACUGAUGAUGGCAAAAUAAAUAGCAAUGGUGGCGCAGAGUUUGCAGGAAUGCCUCGCUUUGAAGCACGUGUGGCUUUGACUGAAGCUCUAAAGAAAAAGGGACUCUAUAAAGGUGAUAAGAAUAAUGAGAUGCGUCUUGGCAUUUGUUCGAGAAGCAAUGAUGUAGUGGAGCCACUCAUAAAGCCUCAGUGGUAUGUUAACUGUAAAAACAUGGCACGAGAAGCUCUUGACGCUGUCAUAGAUAGUACAAAUCCAAAGAUGGAGAUCAUCCCAAAACAAUAUGUUGCUGAAUGGAAGAGAUGGCUUGAGAAUAUUCGUGAUUGGUGCAUCUCAAGGCAACUUUGGUGGGGGCAUCGUGUUCCAGCAUGGUAUGCAGUGCUGAAAGAUGAUGAACUUAAGGAACUUGGUGUAUACAAUGACCACUGGGUGGUUGCCCGGAAUGAGGAAGAGGCUAAGGAGAAGGCUAGCAGAAUCUUUGCUGGAAAGACGUUUGAUCUUUACCAAGAUCCAGAUGUUUUGGACACAUGGUUUUCUUCUGGUCUUUUUCCACUAUCUGUGUUAGGAUGGCCAGAUGAUACCAAAGAUCUUAGAGCAUUUUAUUCUACAUCUGUGCUUGAAACUGGCCAUGAUAUCCUCUUUUUUUGGGUUGCCCGUAUGGUGAUGCUGGGAAUGAAGCUUGGAGGUGAUGUACCAUUUGGAAAGGUUUACUUGCAUCCUAUGAUUCGUGAUGCUCAUGGACGCAAAAUGUCCAAGUCAUUAGGAAAUGUUAUUGAUCCCCUAGAAGUAAUUAAUGGCAUAGAAUUGAAAGGUCUCCACAAAAGGCUAGAGGAGGGUAACUUGGAUCAAAAGGAAUUGGAAACUGCUAAAGAGGGUCAGACAAAGGACUUCCCCGAUGGUAUUCCGGAAUGUGGUUCAGAUGCUCUGCGUUUUGCCCUUGUUUCAUACACAGCUCAGUCGGAUAAAAUAAAUCUGGAUAUUCAGAGGGUGGUUGGAUAUCGUCAAUGGUGCAACAAGCUAUGGAAUGCUAUAAGGUUCGCCAUGACUAAACUUGGAGAGGAUUACAUCCCUCCAGAAGAGAUUAUUCCAGCUACAUUGCCUUUCAGCUGCAAGUGGAUUCUCUCUGCUCUGAACAAAGCCAUAUCAAAAACAGUAGUGUCUUUGGAUUCAUAUGAAUUCUCAGAUGCUGCAACAGCUGUAUACUCGUGGUGGCAGUUUCAGUUAUGUGAUGUGUUUAUAGAAGUAAUUAAGCCUUAUUUUGCUGGUAAUGAUCCAGCAUAUGCAUCUGAAAGGAAACACGCGCAGGAUACAUUGUGGCUGUGUUUGGAUAAUGGGUUACGGUUACUUCAUCCUUUUAUGCCAUUCGUCACAGAAGAAUUGUGGCAGCGUCUUCCUUCUAAGAAAGAUUUUGUGAGGAAAGAGUCAAUUGUGAUAUCUGAAUAUCCAUCAGCUGUAGAGAGUUGGAAUAAUGAUGUUGUGGAGUUGGAGAUGGAUAUGAUCGAGUCUGUGGUGAAAUCACUGAGGUCUCUCCGGUCACAGUUGGCACCAAACGAGAGAUAUGAAAGACGUGCAGCUUUUGUUGUUUGCCGCACAGAUGAUGCAUGCCACAUCAUCAAGAAGCAUGAAUUGGAGGUUUCCACCCUCGCCACAUUAUCGUCUCUCGAUGUUUUAAGCGAGAAGGAUGAUGCUCCAGUUGGAUGUAUACUAGACGUGGUAAAUGAAUCUCUUUCAACGUUCCUCAAACUUAAGGGGAUAGUUAAUGUGGAAGCUGAACUUGAAAAGCUGAAUAAGAAGAUGGAGGAGCUACAAAAGCAAUGUGAUGGCUUGAAAAAGAAGAGGAGUGCUCCCGCCUACCAGGAAAAAGUUCCGGUGCAUAUUCGUGAAGUGGAUGAAGCGAAGCUUGCUUCUUUGUUGCAAGAGUUAUUGUCAUUCAAGGAAGCUCGUGAACAUCUUGAACGGGAAAAUCGGGAAACCUGAUGAUGAAAAAUACAUCGUAUUUUUUAUAAUUGAUUUAAGAUUUUUCUGGGGGUUUGUUUAAUCCUUCAAAUUUGUCAAAAGUUUUGGUUUUUUCUUGGCCCUCCAAUUGUCUUGUUCUAGAAAGCCCUUCUUCCAUCUUUUAUGUUUGUAAGAGAUGCUUGCAGAAUAUAUUGUCUGGGAUUGUUUUGCAUUUUUUUUGUUUUUUAACGAGUUUUACGGACAAAAUGCACUUCCCCCUGUUUUCUUUU